ACCUCUUCUUUGACACCCCACCCAACACGCCACUCAUCAACACGUUCACCCAUUCUCAUUUCUCACUUCUUCAUCUCUCUCUCUUUCUCUCUCUUUCUCUCUUCUUCAACUCUCAACAGAAGAACUCAAGCCUGAAACUUGUUGCAGAAAUGGAGAACGCUCAAUCAUCUUUCAGGAACUUCAGCGACCGCCUCCGCCUGCAACCGGGCACCUUCACCAAUCUCUCCCUCAACGACUCCAUCUGGAGCACCAGCUACUCCUCCAAGCGCCCCGAGGAGCGGAGGAACUUGGAGGUCAAUUCUGACGCCGCCGAUUACGCUCUCUUCGGCAACGAUGGCUGGAAGGUCACCCAAACUGUCAGUUCUCUCUCUGGGUCUGCUCCCAAGGAGGUGUUUGGAUCCGGGUUGAAUGGCGGGUUUAACAAGGGGAUUUACCCUUCCCCUGCUGUCAACUUCAAUUCUUACAGUAAGGGUACUGGUAAUCUGGCGGUGGUGAAUAGUAAAGGGAUUAAUAACAAGAAGGGUGGGAAGUUUGGGUUAGAAGAUGAGAAAUGUGGGAAGAAGAACAAGAAUGUUAACAAAGAUAUUUCUGACAAGAAUGGAGUUGAUAAGAGGUUCAAGACUUUGCCGCCUUCAGAAGCUCUGCCCAGAAACGAGACGGUUGGAGGAUAUAUUUUUGUCUGCAACAAUGACACCAUGGAAGAAAAUCUCAGAAGGCAGCUAUUUGGCUUGCCACCUCGUUAUCGCGAUUCGGUCAGGCAAAUAACACCAGGAUUGCCUCUUUUCCUCUACAACUACUCAACUCAUCAGCUUCAUGGUAUUUUUGAGGCAGCGAGCUUCGGUGGCACAAACAUUGAUCCUUCGGCCUGGGAGGACAAGAAGAACCCUGGUGAAUCGCGUUUCCCUGCUCAGGUGCGUGUUGUCACGAGAAAAGUGUGUGAACCACUCGAAGAGGAUGCUUUCAGGCCUAUUCUUCACCACUACGACGGACCUAAAUUCCGCCUUGAGUUAAACAUUCCUGAGACCCUAUCUCUUUUGGAUAUUUUCGCGGAGAACAACCCCUAAAGUCUAAAGACAGAAUUAUACAACCGAAGAUGAACAGUCGAAAAGCAUGUUAAACCGAAAAAACAAACAGAAGAUUAAUUAUGUUUUGCAGCAGGUAGAAGAACAGUCUUGUGACAUAACCAAGACUGAUCUAAGAAGCUUGCCCUGUUGCUGGAAACCUCAAAGUAAUGAUGUUUGUGUGUUGUGUUUUUGUUUUCUCUUUUAGGAGCUUAUAUAAUGUUGUAUAAGUCAUCCUUUUACAUGGCAAUAAUGCCACACAUACAGUACUAUACUAAACAUAAUGAAAAAUAAAUGUCCUAUCUCUCGUUUGAUUA